AGUAAACCCAGCGAAUAUCGACUGCAGAACGCCCCUUUUAAAUAAUACGGUACAAAAAUUACAAUCGCCAUAGCGCUCGGCCAAUUCCGCACACACCGGAAGAAGGUUUUAACAAUUCUGAAUGUCCAAUUAAAAUCAAAAGAAGACCAAAUUAUCCGCAGCACCCACGUGACCUGAUUAAGAAGUUGUGGAAGUCAGGUUUGUUUUUCAAACAAUUUCUGUAUUCUGUGGAGUGAGUCAUGGAGGAUAUUACUGAAUGAAGAGUGUUACCAUGCAGAGCCCGUGGAUCCUUCUUCUUCUGUGUGUUCUGGGGCCAGGGAGCACUGUAAAUGGCUCCAACUGUCCUCCCGGCGCCAUGAACAUUGCUCAAAACUGCAUCAAGAAUUCCGUUCCCUUGCUCUUGCCGACAGAGCGGUCAGUGGACGCCGAGAUAGAAGUCUGGAGAAGGGUGUGCCUAGAUUCCAGCCUGAACAAGGCGUCAGAAUGCCUGCGUCACGUGAUGGACAACUGCACGGGGUUCACGGACGAGGAGCAGAAUCUACAGCGUCUGUUCAGCCACCAGAACAUCCAAAAGACCGCGGUCUUCUUCUGCAACAACUUCCAAAUGUAUGAAAAUAACAUCCGCUGUGUGCAUAAUCAGCAUGAGGCCGCCAGUAAAUGCUCUCGUCCCCAGAUGGAGAGUUUUAGGAGAAAGAUCGCCGCCAAGUCGCCGAUAGAGGUCAUGAUUCUCUCCAGUUGUCGGUCCCAUCAAGUCAUGACUGAUUGUUUACUGGAGCCGGUCUAUACGGAAUGUGGUGAAAGUGCAGCAAUGUUUUUGGAAGAGAUCACAACAAACUCUCGCCCCCCUGUGUGUCAAAAACUCCCCCGAAAGUAUUUGUUACAACAAAGUGACAAUAAUGGCGCCAACUGCUUUGCGGUGACGUCAUUGGCCACGUGGUGUUCAUUACUGUUUUGGAUGCUUGUUCUAAUCAAACCGUCAUUGAAGCUGUAACAUGGGAUGGAAAAGACUUUCCGGUGUACAAAUACAAAUACUAGCUGAUACCUGCCCAAUAUUUAGAAUGACGUCAUUUCCGAUUCGUAACAUUUUGCCACAUCACCCGAUAAUGUAUAUGAAUGGAUGACCAUAUGCGGGCCACUCAUCGGCUCGUUUUGCUGUGAUAUAGACGUUGUCAUGGGGACUUUUUGUCGGAGAGAUGAUAAUCAUUGGUCACCGUUCACAGAAAGUACAUUCCAUGUCCCCUGCCUAAAUUACUGUACAAAACACAAUGCCAUAACAAAGCCUUGGGCUGCUUCACCACCGACACAUAUAACCUGUUGUACAAUAUCAGUGUCAUUUAUUCAAAACACAGACCAGAGCUGUUUCCAGUAGUUAUGCUGUAUAUAUACAUUGUUAUACACAUUGCAUACAGAAGUGAGAGAAGGAUUAAUUUGGUCAAUGUAAUUGUCCAAUUGUUUCAUGUGCACAUGAAUUUUAUUUGAUCCUUCAAAAUUAAAUAUUAUUCAUAAACCACUAGGUGAAGCGUUGAUUGUUCACCAUUAUGGUUUAUUUCUUCAUAUAGACGUGUACUACUUGUGACGUCACUACUUGUGACUCGAUCGUACAUAAACGAAUGACUUAUUAAUGAUAUACAUGUAUGUAUAUGACAAUCAAUGCUAAACUCUGCACGUGUAUAGGCGAGUAUGUAAAAAAAAAGAAAAAAAUUUUGUCACAGAGCAAUUCAUUAUACAUACAGGUGUACAUAUUGUUUAACAUGAAAAAAAAUCAUCACUUGAUAGUCUCUAUCUAUUUCCUUUCCUGUUUCUCAUUCAGUUCCUUUUGCAUGGAAAGUUAUAUUUAUUAAAAUUAACAAAAAGUAAAA